AUGCUUCAGGAAGCUCUCGAGAAUGAGACCUAUAAAAAAAGAAGGCGCAACAUCCAAUUCACCACGAUCUGCCCGUCGUUCAUCCGGACCAGGAUGGCUACCGAAAUUCCGCUUGCUCCGUCAACGGAAUAUCUCUCACCUGAGGUGGUCGCUGAGGAAAUCGUCGAUGCUAUUCUCACCAAUAAGCGGAUAUUGUUGCUUCCUAAAAAGGCAUACUUGCUAUACGCUGUCAAAGGGUCCUCUACACCAAACAAGGUCUGUUGGGGAGGCCCCUACACCAAACAGUGGUCGAAAGACAAACAGCUGAUGCGAACCGUUGAGACGUCGUUGGCUUCGACGAGUUUCUGCCCAGUCUAG